AGCAGAACCCGCCAGAAAAUGGGAAGUUUCCGUUUCCAUCUCCGCCCAUGCUAGAGUUUGCAUCGCAAGCCGAUCUCUCUGUCUUCUGUUCUAACUUCCAAGUACCAGCAAAGCAAUUCGGAACUCGAAUUAUCGAACUUCACUAAUGGCGGCAGUGACAAGCUACUGGGUGGUUUCCCUUCCCGUUCAAGCAUCUGCUUCAUCCCUUUGGACUCGUUUACGGGAAGAGAUCUCCAAGCACUCCUUCGACACUCUUGUUUACCGGUUCAAUACGCCUGAUCUCCGUGUAGGAACUCUAGAUUCUCUUCUGUCACUCAGCGACGAUCUUUUGAAAUCAAAUAGUUUCGUUGAAGGAGUAUCUCACAAGAUUAGGCGUCAGAUCGAGGAAUUAGAGAGGACCUCAGGUGUUGAGGGCGGUGCUCUGAGGGUCGAUGGGGUCCCCAUUGAUUCAUACCUUACCCGAUUCGUAUGGGAUGAAACAAAAUACCCUACCAUGUCACCCCUCCAGGAGAUUGUGGAUAGCAUACAUGUUCAAGUAGCCAAAAUUGAGGACGAUCUCAAGGUACGCGUUGCUGAGUAUAACAAUGUACGCAGUCAGCUUAAUGCAAUAAACCGAAAGCAAGGUGGAAGCUUAGCUGUCCGUGACCUUUCAAAUUUGGCGAAGCCAGAGGAUAUAAUUACAACGGAACAUUUAGUAACGCUCCUUGCAAUUGUUCCUAAGUAUUCACAGAAGGACUGGUUGUCAAGCUAUGAAAAACUUACUAAUUAUGUGGUUCCCAGGUCCUCCAAGAAGUUGCAUGAGGACAAUGAAUAUGCCCUUUACACUGUUAUGUUAUUCGGACAUGUUGCUGAUAAUUUCAAAACAAGCACACGUGAAAAAGGUUUUCAGAUUCGUGAAUUUGAAUAUAGCCCAGAAGCACAGGAAGGUCGAAAUAGAGAGAUGGAAAGACUCAUGGAAGAUCAGGAAACUUUGAGAGGUUCUCUUCUUCAGUGGUGCUAUACUAGUUAUGGGGAGGUUUUUAGCUCUUGGAUGCACUUCUGUGCUGUACGUGUCUUUGCAGAGAGCAUUCUGAGAUAUGGCUUGCCACCCUUGUUCUUGGCAGCAGUUUUGGCUCCAUCCAUUAAAAGUGAAAAGAAAGCACGCUCUAUCUUGGAGGGGCUGUGUGACAGCACACAUAGCUCCUACUGGAAAUCUGAAGAUGAAGGAGGGAUGGCUGGUCUAGGAUGUGAUGCUGAUGCUCAUCCGUAUGUCUCCUUCACAAUCAAUAUUGUUUGAACUAAUUAACUACAAGUCGGAUUUUUGUGUUGCCAUCAAUCUGGAUCCCUAUUUAUAGGAUUUCUUUUAGACUGCAAUAGCAAUUGAUGGGGAUCGGAAACACUGUAUAGUAGAAUAAGUUACAUGAUUCUUUUAUUGUUUAUUUAGAUUAUAUAUACAACUAGCUUUAUCUUCAUUCAUGGGCUCUUUUUCCCUGUUUUUUUGGGGCCUCUUCGGAGGCAAAAUGUUUUCCUUUAUAAUGAAUUUUCUUGGGCAGGGGGAGGGGACGGUGUUUGGACUUGCUAAAUUUUGUAUCUUAUUUUACCUGGAGGUGAAAUCUAAAUAUUAUCAUAAUCCAGACAA